UUAUUGUCAGACGGAGCACCAAUCCAUUUCCUUACUACAUUAACGAUAUAAACUCUAAGAGAUAGGAGAAAACCCUCUAUGACACCCUGGUACCACUCUAUUUAAUUUAUUGUCAUCUGUUGAAAUAUUUGGGAUGUAUCUUUGUCACAUUAAAUUAUCCAGCUCACCAUUUUUUUUGAAAAAAAUUUUGAGAAAGAAAAACUUUAAAAAAUUUACUUGCACAAACUUUCCUUCUUCGUCUUUGACGUUCUCGCUUCCAAAUCCUUCUCUUCCAUGUCUUCUUCCAUUGUUACUUAGAUCUAGAGAAAAAAAGUAUCUCUUCUUCCAUAGUCAUCUCGCAAAGGUGGUCUUAGAACUUAGGCCUGUAUUCUCUUAUUCUUCCACAGACCCACCACAAACAACUUUUCUCUUCCUCCAGUUGUCUCCAUAUGAGGUCGAUUAGCUUGAUAUUGUAUCAACCCACAAGCAAAACUCUUCUUUGCUUUUGGUUUUGGUAUCCCUAAUUAAAAAUCUUCCAUGUCUAUUUUCAUUAAUUCUUAUUAUUUUGAUAAAUAGUCUUCCAUGUUUGUUAUUGUUUGAAAAUUAAAAUUGUUUGUUAAAAAAAUAAUAAUAAUAAAUAAGGAUAAUAGAAUAAAAAUGAUAAGUCCGCUACCAGUAAGGUUUUCAUUGCAGCGCGGAAGAAAAUUUCUUCUUCAUAAAGAACAUUGGUGAGGUGGAUAAUGUAAAAUGACAUGGCAAUUAUUUUAAAAUAUGAAAUAAAUUUUAACAAAUGGUGAUAAACUAGUUGGAAUGGUACCAUUACCACAAUGUCAUAGAAGAUUUUCUCCUACGAGAGGUGUCUGCAAUGGUGGUACUCAAGAAAUAAAUUUGUUUCAUAUUUGUUUCCUAAAAUAACUACUAGGUCUUCUUCUCAAAAAAGAAAAAAAAAAAAAAAAAAAAAAAAAACCCUCGUAUAUAAAACCUCUACUCUCUUCUCUUCUUGAUCAUUCUAGCCCAAAAAGACCAAAACCCACUUCGUUUAAGGCAAAAAAUGGUGAACAACAUGGAGGUCACCAUCAUUUCCAAGCAAACUGUAAAACCAUCUUCCCAAUCUCUUCACCAUCUCAAACCUUACAAUCUCUGCCUCUUCGACCAGCUCACUCCUGUCACUUAUCCUUCAAUGGUCUUCUUCUACCCCAUUACUGAUCCAAACUUCAACCUCCCCAAAACCUUAACCCAUCUCAGAAACUCACUCUCUGAGACCCUCACUCUGUUCUACCCAUUCUCCGGGAGGACCAAAAACAAUGUUGUCAUCGAUGAUUUCCAUGUGGGUGUUCUAUUUUUGGAAGCCAAAGUUAACUGCAAAAUGUCCGAGUAUUUCAAGCUCAAAGACACAGAGUCUCUCAACAAUUUCGUUCCUCUGCAUCCCUUUUGCAAGGAAAAUGAAACCACCUUGGUUAAUCUUCCCCAGAUUGCAUUUCAAGUGAGCAUCUUUGCUUGUGGUGGAAUAGCGCUUGGAGUUUCCUUGUGCCACAAGAUGGCUGAUGGAACCACUAUCAGUUCUCUUCUCAAAUCCUGGGCUGCUAUAUUUUCAGGGUACCCAAACAAAGUGAUACAUCCCGAUCUUUCACGAUCAUCAUCGUUGUUUCCACCAAGAGAUUUGCCUAAGAACUACAUAGAUUUGAUGGAUCAUUUGUGGUUCAAAGAAAGCAAUUACAUCACAAGAAGGUUCGUGUUUGAUGCGAAAUCCAUAACUAAUUUGAAGUCCAAGGCAAAAAGCGAAAGUGUCCCAAAACCAUCAAGGAUUGAGACAUUGACUUGUUUCAUUUGGAAGCACGCAAUGGCUGCUUCUUGGUCGAUAUCAGGAUCGCCAAGGACUUCAGUUUUGGCACACGCGGUGAACCUGAGGCCGAGAGUGAAGCCGCCGCAGUCGUUGGAUGCUUCCACAGGGAAUCUGUUCUGGUGGGGAACAGUGGCUGCUAACCCUUCUUCAGAAACAGAGUUGGAGCUAAACAAGUUGGUGGGGCUUUUCAAAGAAGCACUGGGUUUGUUCGACGACGAGUUCUUGGAGAGUUUACAGGGUGAAGAUGGGUUUUCAAUCAUGUUGGAGUUCUUGAACCAGCUAGAAGCAAUGCUUUCUUUAGAAUCUGAAAAGCCAGACAUUUUUGCGUUUACUAGCUGGAGUAAAAGUUUCUUUAACGAGCUCGAUUUCGGAUGGGGAAAGCCAUUUUGGCUUGGUGUUAUGGGGAAAGUUGGAGCUGCUUUUAGGAACCUGGUUAUAUUUGUUGACACACAGUGGGGCAAUGGGAUUGAAGCUUGGGUGACCUUGGAAGAGAAAUUAAUGGUUGUGUUGGAGAAUGAUCCUAAUUUUCUUGCAUUUGCUGCCCCAAAUCCAGGCAUUUCAAGUCUCUGAAUCAUAGUGAUCAAUAUAUUUACAUGGGGUUCUGUUCUUCAAGUGGUACUAGAUAUUAGUCAGUUUAUCCAUGUUUAGGGAACAGAAGAGUUUUAGUUAGUCUAUAGUAGUGUGCGUGAGCAAAUUAGCAAAACCCUAUGACUAUUUCAGUAAGAGGAUCACUACAGUGCUCAACCAUUAUCCUUAAAAGAAAAUAAUAAUAAUUAUAAUAAUAAUAAUAAAAGAAUAAAACUUUAGCAUUUAUUUAUUUA